UUCAGUCCAGAUGGAGCAAUUUUAGAUCAACAAGCAAAGAUCAUAAGGUGGACCAGCAAUGCAGGUGGUCCAUUGAUAAAGCUCAUAAAUUUUCACUGCAACGAAUAUGGACGCGCUUUCUCGGUUGAAUCUUCAUUCCUCCAUCACUACAUUGUUAUAACUGGUGCACAUGAUGCAUUUCAGGAAUCAUUUUGGGAGACUCAAAAUGUGCACAAGAAGCAGAGAUAUAAUUGUUUGGUCCACUUUGGAUGGCCCCACGUACAAAAGGUUCAGCAUGUAAAAGAGCCAAACGUAGCCAGGAACAACUUGCCGGCAAAGUCACCAGAAAGAGGAAAUGGUAUCGCCGGCAAGUCAUCCUUGGCUGCAUCACUCUCUCUGCCUCUUCAUAUGGCAACCGAAAGCCACACUGUGAAAGUCACACCGCCGGACUGCCACAUUGCCAAACUCAUCCCAAAAAUCUUACAUGAUAGGGCAUGCCACAGAGGGGACCAAUCCUUCAACGACACGAAAAAACAUUCUGAGCGUAUCAUGUUCGGUCCAGAGACAGUGGCAGUGCCGAACACUUUGAAGAAGUGA